GAUUCCUUGUCCUCCCUCCCUACACUGCACAAUCCAAAAGCAAUGAAUCAUCAAUAUUAAACCAAAAGAAGAUACUCUCUCCAUCAAACCCAACAAGUACUUGUGCAAACCCUACGGUCACCCCACAAACCUAUAGAUUCUAUAUGCCAAAGUGAAACAUACCCCAUAUACAUCACUUUCAACUCUUCCACUUCAAAAAAAGAUAGAGUAUCCUCCCUUUGUUUUAUUUUAGUCUCAUAUCAACUUUUGACACAUAUAUAUACCCUUCACACCCCUCUCAUAGUUCCUCAACCAAAACCAAAAAAAAAAAAAACCUUCAUUCUAAAAAAAAUGUCUGGAGUUUGGGUGUUCAAGAAUGGCGUGUUUCGGUUAGUAGAGAAUCCUCAGGCGGAGGCAUCGGAAGGAAGACAUGGAAAGAGGAAGAUGUUGGUUCACUUGCCGACCGGAGAAGUGGUAAAUUCUUAUGCUUUUCUUGAGAGAAUAUUGGUUGGUUUAGGUUGGGAAAGGUACUACGACGGAGAUCCUGAUUUGUACCAAUUUCAUAAACACUCUUCUAUUGACCUAAUUUCUCUACCUAGAGAUUUCUCCAAGUUCAACUCCAUCAAUAUGUAUGAUAUUGUCAUAAAAACCCCUAAUGUAUUCCAUGUUAGGGACAAGUGAUGAGUUUUCAUGCUACUAUGAAGUUUGUGUGGUUUUAUAUACAUAUAUAAUAUAGCUAGAGUUUUAUGGAAACUCUAGGGAUUAAGCUUGUUGUUUUAUUUUUGGUUUAUGUUCAUAAGAGAGGGGAAUAAUAAGUAAAUUAUAUUUAUAGGAUGAGUGAUGGUGUUGAUGAGUAUGACUAGUAGUGUAUAUUUGCUUGGAGUACUUUUUGUAAGAUAUUGAGUAUUGAUUUCUAAUAAUAACUAUACUUAACACACGAAAAUCACUAGUAAUAAUAUUUUUGCACUUAGAGGUUUUUCAGUGAAUCAAUUUAAUGGACAUUUUGUUAC